AUGCCAAUGGCAGAUAACCUGAUCAAAAGGCGCAUUACCAAUAUCAACCCAGCAUGCAGUUUCUGCAACAACCACACUGAAACCCUAUCACACCUCUUCCGAGACUGUGAGUUUUCACAAAGAAUAUGGAGUGCCUCUCUAGGAAUUGUAGCAACUCAGGGAGAUCACCUUUCGAUUCAGGACUGGAUAAGAAAUUUCCUCAAUCUCUUUAGAAAGAAAAAACAAAAGGAGGAAAGAAAGAUAGAAUCAGACUUCAUAUCCACUCUUUGGGGAAUAUGGAUCCACAGGAAUGAAAUUAUCUUCAACAAAGCAAAGAAGAAUCCAUCAAGAAUUUUAGAUAUCAUCUCGGAUUCUAAUAGAAGACUACACAGGAUCAACAAUAAGCAAAGCGAGUUCAGAGAACAUGUCAAGGGAGAUGCAAAAACAAUCAGCUCUAAACCAAUGGAAUGGUCUUCGGGAACGAAAUCUACAACCACAAUGCAAAUUUUAGAAGUGGAUGGGGCGUGGAAAAAUAGAAAAGGAGACCAGUGGCGAGCCGCAAUAGCUUGGAAAAAUAAGAAUGAGGAUCAAGGAGAAGAAUCAGCAGCCAGGAUAUUCGCCAACUCACCAGUCCAAACUGAAGCUUACGCAGUCCUAAAAGCAUUACAAGACAUGGAAUGGAAGUGCUCAGACAUAACAAUAAGAACAGAUAACUUAGAAGUGGUACAAGCUCUAAAGAAUCGAGGACGGACAAACAAGAAUAUAGACCCAAUAAUAGCUGACAUAAAACGAAUAGCAAGGAGUUUUCACUUUGUUUCUUGUAUCAAGGUAGGAAGAGAAGGUGUUAAACUUGCCCACAACUUAGCCACUAAGGCAAGGAAAGGCGAGAUUUAA